GUUUAACCCCUUCGUGCCUAAAGGUAAAACAAAUCUUAAUGCCUAAGCACAAUUUUGCAACUUUGACCUGUGUUAGCAAAACCGUACAUAUCACCACAACUACUUUGUGCAUACAGGUGGAUUUUACCUUGUUUUUUUUUUUCAGAAUAAAUUGGGCUUUCAUUUGGUGCUAAAUGGUAAUGGAUAUCUCCUGAUUUUUUUUUCAUUACCAUAGAAAAACUGGCCCAAAAUAGUAGACUGCGAUUUUUUUUUUUCCUUUCAAAAAGAAAAGAACAGAGAAAAUA